AUGAUUAAAACAAUCGGUGCUCUAAGCAUUAGACUUAGAGGCAUAGAUGCGAUAGCUGGAGCUGGUGCUCUGACCCUCUUCACCUUUGAACGGUUGGGGAAGAUACCUCCUUCAUUUUUAAACGGGGAUGGAGUCCCAGUUCCUCCUCUUCCAGGAUCGGCUCAUAAUACUACCGUAUCCCGCACGUCGGUGCGGCCAAACGCCAGCAGUCAAGUGACUGGGAGGUGCAAGGGAGGCGGUUUGGAGUCGCCUCCAACAAAUGAGCUCCAGUCUACUCCAGGUAAUAGAAAAGAGUCUCCUGAUUCUGGAGGAAAGCCUGGUACGGUGCCACAAGGAAGGACGGGGUUGCACGAGUCAUAUAUGCUACCGAAACGGAAAAGGACUAGGAUGACGAUCUGUACUUAUAACGCACGUACGCUUGCAUCGGAAGCGGCCAUCGAAGAUCUGAUGAUGCAAGCCAAGAAGAUCAAGUACGACGUCAUCGGACUGACCGAGACGAGAUGA